UAAAAAAUAUUUUCAUUCUCGGCGUUCAAGAAAAUCAGGAAGAAGUGCACUGCCAUUGUCUGAUUGUUGCGAACUGGAAUAAAGGAAUGAAUGCUUAGAGAUACGUAGAGGUGAUAUCACAAUGGACGGCGAGCAAAGCGGCCUAAGCGCUCUUCCCCAUGUCUCGGAGACUGUUUUGAAGAGACGGAAGACUCUUCGUGAGGUGAAAGAGGCACGAACGAAAGCCAGGAAUGCCCAGAGAUCGUUCCGAUCUGGGACCAAGCAGGAGAAGUUCAAAUACCCAGAAACAUUUGUGCGAGCGGAACGUCAUAAGCAAAAGGAUGAAAUACGCCUGCAUCGUGGUAAAACCCGCCAGAGGAAAUCUAUCAAGGUGCCGGAGGGCCAGAAAUUGGCAUUUGUUAUCCGCAUCAGAGGGGCGAGUGGCAUGGAGCAAUCAGUACGGAAGGUGCUUCAGCAUCUGCGCCUGCACAAGUCAUAUACCGGUUGUUUCAUCAAGCUGAGCAAGCAAUCGUUGGAAUUGCUGCGCGUGGUUGAGCCGUAUGUGACGUGGGGGUAUCCGGAUUUGAAGAUAACACGCGAUUUGGUCAUGAAGCGAGGCCACGCCAUGGUGGACGGACGGCGAAUGGCACUCUCGGACAAUGCGUUCAUUGAAAAGCAGCUCGGUGAGGCGGGGAUUAUCUGCAUGGAAGAUCUCAUACACGAGAUCUUUGCCGUAGGUCGGAGAUUCCGCAGUGCAAGCCAGUUUCUGUGGCCGUUCAAAUUGACUGCUCCAAAGGAGGGCUUCCGUCGCAUCACCAAGCCAUUCCGAGAGAAGGGUGACACUGGCAAUAGAGGCGAAGCCAUCAAUGCCCUUUUGCGCCAGAUGAUCUAAGGAAGGCACACACAUCAUCAUGCCAUGAAACACACUAUUGAGUCUUAAUUAUAAUAUUAAAUCAACGAAAAAUAAUUGAGCUGGUCCUCACCGAGUUUCUGCUUGUGUCUUCACUAAUGCAUUGCCAUUAUUAUUUUUUUAUUUAGCUACUUCAAAGUAUGAUUGUAUUGUAUUGUGUAGUGUACAUUAUUGUAGUUGUCAACUUGUAAUAGUCUGUGAAGUCCAGCAAGCUUGAGAUGAAAAACUUGAAAAACUUAAA